AUGUCUCCAGCCAUGAUUGUCAUCAGCACACCAAACUCUGAAUUCAAUUCCCUGUUUCCUUGUGCAGUCUUUAGAGAUUCAGAUCACAAAUUUGAGUGGAGCAGAAUGCAGUUUCAGACCUGGGCUUUAGAUGUGGCCAGUCGCUACAGAUACUCAGUGGAGUUUACUGGUGUGGGGGAACCACCCACAGGAGCUGAGGAUGUUGGCUAUUGUACCCAGAUAGGAGUCUUCCGGAAAAAAGCAGAAGCAGCUGGAUUGGCUGAUUUGGAGCAUCAUGGUGAACAUGUUUAUGAAGUUGUUUAUACAACCUCAUACCCAAGUUUACAGCAGAUAAAUUACCGUAGACGUGUGGUGAUUUAUCUAGUGUACUGA